AAUGAAAGCAAAUCUAUUCUUCCUGCUAGCAGGAGUUUUAUGUUUUGUGUUUGAGGACACUUUUGUACGUGCAGUGAUUAGAGCAACUAUUACUCCAGCUUCACGAAUUAUCCAAGAACAGGAUAACUAUACUUUUGUGAUGACUUCAGAUAUUGCAGACUAUGGUAGUAAUGCUGUCAUUCAGAUUGGAUUCCCAACAGAUUAUGAUUUCUCGAUUCAAACCACAUCAACUUUGGCUAAAGUUUGUUCUCCUAUCAGUGGUAUAAUCACAAGUGUUCUAUUUGAUGAACUAGUCUGUAGUUUAGACAAAGAAUCCAGAAUUCUUUCUGUCCAGCUCGUAUAUGGAACAAAUAAUCGGCAAUUCUCAUUCACUGUCCAAAAUCUCACAAAUCCUACUUAUUCAGGACUUACAGCUACUUUUUCAGUUUUAGCUAAUGAUACCAGCAAUAGUAGAACUGAUACAGGAGGAAACAACAUCUUUGUCACAGCAAUUCCUGGAACCUUGACUGCCCAACUCACUUCAGGAAAUCAAACAGUCGGAAUUAAGGCAGCUUUGACUAUAAAUAUAACUCAGAGUCAUCAGAUUCCUUCUAAUGGAAUUAUCACUGUUAGUUUGCCAAAAUGGAACCCUUCCUCUUCGAAUCCGAUUUCGAUCUUGACAGGGACUCAGAUUCAAUGAGGGACUGUUUCAGGGUUUACUACAGCAAAGAUCACUUGCGCAUUUACCCAAAAUUUGACCUCAGCCACGGCAUUUGAUACAUUAAAGAUUACUGGUGAUUUCUCAAGUUCUCAAACUAAUAUUGUAUUUCAAGUUUUUGGGUUUUUAAACCCUCCGAGUACCACUUCCUAUUCAGGGAUCACGAUUACAACAUCAGCGAAUGAUACGACUGAUCAGCUAGAUACUGGCACUAACAUUGCCUUGCCCAUAACUAGUCCUAGUCCUCUGGCUUCGACUAAUAUAGCUGUAACAGUGCCAACAGAGAGUUUAAAGAUUAAUACUGCAGGAAUUUAUAACUUCGUGAUCACUUUAGGCAUGCCUUUGACAGGUGGCUCAAGGUUUACUCUCACUUUUCCAAGCACUUUGACUGUUAGUGCUACGCCUACAGUAACUGCGAUAGGGAAUUUAAACGCUGGUAUGACUACAGCCUUUGAUUCUACCUCAAGAGUUCUGACUGUUACAAAUGCAGUUGCUGCCGGGUCUAAUUUGGAUGAAGGCCAAAGUAUAACAUUUAAUGUUAGCACUGUGACAACACCUUCAAAUACUAAGACCACAGACUCUAUUGUCUACCAAAGCUAUGACUCAAGUGGAGGAUCUAUUGAGAUAUGUGAUAAUGGAGUGACUAUUACAGCCACACCAGGUUCUAUCCCCACAGCUACAGCAACUCCUGUGAUUACUACAGUUAAUGCAGUGACAGAGUAUACAAUCUCGUUUACAGCAGAAAGUAUAAUUCCUACUGGAGCUCUUCUGAAGUUAACUCUUCCAGUUACUUUAAAAACAAAUAAUGGGACUAGAAGCUGAGUCUCGGUUGCAACAAAUAUUACUCAAGCAGCUUCUUGUGUCAUAACAAAUGACAGAGAAUUUUUGAUUUCUGGAGGAUUUCUCGCUGAUUUAGCGGCAGGGUCUGCAGUUACAUUUAAUAUCAAUCAAAUUACAAAUUAUGGCACCAACCAAACCUCUGCUGUGUUUGUUCUUCAGACUCAGACAAGCGCAGGAGAUGUGAUAGAUAGCUACUCAGGGACAACUAUGGUGGUUACUGCGACUCCUUCUACAUUUACUGAGAUGAAUGUGACAGCUAGUGAACUUGUUACAGGCAAAGAGAAUACCUAUAGAUUUGACUUCAAUUUUACUGUUGAUUCAGUCUUAGCAAAUUCUAUCCUGGAUGUGGUAUUUCCAUCAGAGAUUGUUGUUUCAAAUACAGAUUACUCAGCUAAUACUUGUAGGAUUAAUACUGGAAUACUCAAUUCGAUUUCUUGUGCUUUUGUUGAGACUCAAAAAUUGAGAAUAACUCAACUUUUUAAUGACAGCAGGUUUCUAUCAAGAGAUUUUUCUAUUGAAAUUGACGAUGUUAAGAACCCUAGAUCAGUAUUGACAAGCAGCUCUUUUCAGCUCUUGGUUUUGGAUCAAAAUUUAUACUCUCAAAAAGUGCUAACCACAGGAAAGACUGUGACAGCUAAUGUUCCUUCAGAUUUCCAAUCAAUUAGUGUUGUUCCAAUUAGUGAAGCAAAUGGAGCUAUCACAAAUUACUCAUUUUCUAUAACAACAGCAAAUGCUAUGAGUGUAGGAGAGUUUAUUAGAAUAAUUUUCCCAACAAAUCAGAUCACUCCAAGUGCAGCUAACAGCAGAUGAGGAGGAGUCACUUUCUUAGCAACAACACUCACCUGAACAGUGAAUGGAUUUGAAAUUAUAGUAACUGUAGCAACAGCAAAUGGAGCUACAAGUAUUCCUUCUGGAACAUUGAUUGAAUUCUUUAUCACAAAUAUCCAAAAUCCUCCUACACUGCAAUCUACAACAUCGAUCCAGGUCAUUGCUUUUCUUGAUAGUGGCGGAACCGAAUAUAUCAUAAGUCAGAGAACUACAGGAUUAUCAAUCACUAAUUCUGAGAGGGGAACUAUAUCUAAUGCAAAUGCUGUGCCUGAUAGUACAGAUUUGAGUGCUUUGACAAAUUAUACAAUCACCUUUCUCCCCACAAAUCCUUUACCUCAAAAUUCAAUCGUUCUUGUGAAGAUUCCCGAAGAGAUUGAUGUGACUAAUGCUGCAGCUGUGACUUGAACAUCAAUAACUUAUAUAGCGUCAACACUUACUUGUAGCUAUGAACCAGCUAAUAGGAUAGUGACGAUUACUAAUGGAUUUGCUGCUAGUACAUCUUAUCCUGCUUCAACUAUUUCUUUGAAGAUAGGAGAGUUAACAAACCCUCCUAAUGCUGUUACUACCCAGUCUUUCACUAUAGAAACGAAAGAUGAUAAUGAUAUCUCUAUAGAUUAUGUUGGCACUGGUGUUACUUACACGAAAUUAUGAAAUUCUCCUUGUCUGACUUGUCUAAAUGAUUUGUCAAACUGUACAUCUUGUUAUUCCUCAUCCUCAAAUCCGUUCUUAUUCAACAGCACAUGAGUUAACUCAUGUCCUAAUGGAUAUUUUAAAGAUUCUGAUCAAUCUUGCCAACCAUGCAAAAGUCCUUGCUUGACUUGUGAGAAUUCUGCAAGUGAGUGUCUCAGUUGUAUCAAAGAUCCCUAUAAGGUGCUCUAUGGCUUCUCUUGUUUGGAUAGCUGCCCAAGGUUCUAUACUGACGAUAACCAAAAAUGUGAACUCCUGACAGAAUCAUUGAUUCCUUUCCUGUUCCUGAUAAUCUGGGCAUGAUUUGUUCUACUGUUAAUAUUUUUAAAAGUAAUGAGAAGCCAUACACUUUUCUUCUCAACACUAGUAGGCUGGACUUGCUUUGUGCUUUCUUUCCUAUGGAUUUUAGUCGAUAUUUACUUAUUUGCUGAAGAAUUCACAGUCACUGCACUUAUUUUCAUGACCAGUAUUGUAAUUCUCUACUCAAUCAACAUCAUCUGGUGUGUGAGUUAUUACAGAAGUUUCAUUAAGAAGAAGGAUGCUUUUUACUUUAAAUACUCUCAGAGUUUCACCAAAACUGAAAUAUUUGUGCAUGCAUUUAUGUACAUCUUCAACUUCCAAAUGUUCAGAGUUGCCUUGUGUAGGUUUUGUGACUUCAUGGCUUUCUCAGGGUCACUUCAUAGGCACAAGAUGAUUUGAAGAGUUAUGAACAUAUUUACUGUGGUUAUGAUUUUCUUGGUACUGCUUCCUAUAUGUGGGCUGAAUAUCUACAGCAUGGCAGCUCUGGAUUUAUCUAGAACAUCACUGUUCCAUCAUAUAGAGUGUUUGACAUUAACUUUAAUUCUGACAAUCAUGCUUGGUGCUGAGAUCGCUUCAGGAAACAAGAUAAAUACAUAUGAUUCCUUCUUGCUAAAAUCUGCAUAUGAAAAGACGAUGGAUCAGCUGGAUAGAGUUGGAAACCCUCUAGCGAAGAACAGGCUUCAUGUAGCUGCACUCAAAGUUCUCACAAGCAAGUUUGAGAAUAGAACUGACAAAGAACUGGGAACUGCUCUCGCUCAUUACAGAUAUAGUGAGCUCCCUUCUCCAACGAAUGAGAUCAAUCUUGUAACUAUAGAGAAGUCAGGCAAGCGUAAAGACCCUAGAAUAAUUUCAAGUUUCCCUUGCUCUCCAAAGACAUCAAAGAUGGCUCUGGCUAGAUUCCAGAACCAACUCGAUGAAGCUAAUAUUAGCUUGGAUGAUGAGCCUAAUAACAUGAGACUCAGAGUUCCAACUAGAAAACUCAAUCCUCAGACAAAAGCAAAAGAGGUGAGAAAGAAAUUCAAAUCAGGAAGACCAAAGAUUAAAAAUAGCUACCAAGAUUCUGAAGAUGAGUCAUCAAAAGAAGUUUCAGACUCUCAAAGCUUAUCGAAGGAUGUGUCUUUGACAAGGAGAGCUAUUCGAGGAGCAAUCAAUGCUCAAAGCUCAGAAGAUGAAUCUAGCAGGUCCACAUUGAGGCCAUUGAAUCGGGAUGAUUACAAGAGCUCUCUAGUUCAACCUCUUAGUCAUCUCAAGCUGGUGAAAAUCAAGAAAGAGAUAUAUGAGAAGAAGAAUGAGGCAGAUGAGAUUGCUGAGCAAAAUAAAAUCAAAGGAAAAGAGAAAAAGCAACUCCAAGCAAAACUUGACAAAGCAAAGAAGGAACUCGAGGAUCUUAUGAACUCUAAGGAUACAUAUGACACUGAUUCUUCCGGAUUUGUAGAACAGAAAGCUAUUCAAGUCACUUCAGUAGCCCAUGAUUUAAGUAAAGAGGAAAGUAAACAAAUACUCGAAUCUUUAAUGAAAAAUUCAACAUCUUCAGGAGUUGAGACUGACUACAUCAAAAAGGUCAAUGACAGAAGACUUUAUAAUCAAGCGAGGGCAGGAAUCAUCCCAGUUGAUAGUAGCAUAAGCUCAUCAAUUUCAAGAUCGAGAAAAAUGGCUGAUUCUAAGGAUUAUUCAUCGACAACCAACGAAUUUUAUGGACCAAGCAAGCCAUUGCCUCCAAAUAUGAUUCCUGCUAAAAUUGUUUCAGAAACAGUCUCUGAUAACCCAAUGACAAGUAUGGAUGCAGAAGGGAUGGGAAUAAUUUUUCCACCAACAAUGGAGACCUUCAAGCCAAUAGACCUAAGAUUGCAAAACCAGGAUGAUUAUCUCAGAGUCCAUCUACCUGAUAUUAACAACCCUGAGGAAUCUAAAACUCCUUUAGGGAACUAUGGAGCGAAUCGAGGAGUGUUUCACAAAAACUCAACUCAGCAUAAUUCUCAAAAACGCGGCAGAAAAGCUAGCAGCUUUAUUCCAAGAGCUAGAAAAGCAAGUAACAGAAACAAGACUGCUAGAAGUGGAGGGCCUGGAUCUAGAUUCCCCAGAAUCAAUCGUAGUCGAGGCCCUGAAACCUCCAGAAGAGAUAGUAACAAUCGCUCUUUAUUCAGGAAAUCUGAUCUUGACAUCACAGAUUCCUCCCUCUUGGAGAAGGCUUACAAGAACAUUCUUCCGAAUGAAGAGAAGAUGUUGCAAAACGAUAUAGAAGUUAGAAGAUCAGGACGAUUCAUUUCAAGUGGAAGACCCUCAUUCUCCAAAAGAAAGAGACAACCGAAGAAUUUCUUCAAGAAUAGAUUCCAUAGCAUUGAGCCAUCAAAUGACGAUGGGAGUGUGUCUAAUGCAUCAAGGCUGACGCCAAUGGAGAGAAGGAAGAAAUGGAAAAGUAGAAAUCAUAGAUCUAGAUCAAAGAAAGGAUAUUAAAUUAUUAAGUAAAUUCAAUCUUGGGUAA